AGACCAAAACUCUACUGAAAACACAGUCCCUAGUGAGUUCAGCGUAAAAAGCGGCGGUUAGGACGAAGCUCCGUGGAGUCUGGACUUGCCAGUACAUGUCCAUUUAGGAGUGAAUCACCAGGAGGUGGGUGGAUGGGGCCUAAAGAGGCUGACCUGACUGGCUUUCAGCUUUAUGGUUGGAUAAGCGCGCAGCCUCUCAUGAUGAUGGACGGAAGAGAUCUGCAGCAGCAGGUUGGAUGUUUGAUGAAACUGAAGAAGUUGCCGGUCUGGAUCAUAGAGCAUGUGUGGGCCCACAAGAUCAUGGAUAUCCGAGAAGUUGUUGACUCCUCCAGCUGGCCAGAUGUGGAUUCCCAGCCACAGAGCUUGGAGGACUCCUGGAGGCUGCGUGUCACCGCCGCGCAGGUUUACUCCAUCAUGAAGAGCAGAGACAUGCAGAACUUUGAGAAAGUCUUGGGCUUUCUGGAAACCACUCACAAGCUUUUACCCCGACUGGUGCCAGCCAUCAAACACAUGAAGAUCGUGUUUGGUCUCAAAACCAUGGUCAUCAUGUGGAUGUUGAAGGAACACAAAGGAAUGGUUGAAACUGUGUCAAAAAUAAUGCAGUUCUUCCCAAAUAAACUCCCUCAAUACCAGGAUCAGUGUAGCCCACGAGAAAUGUUUGUCAUGAGAAAGAAUCACUUGGACUUUAGGAAUCUGGCUCAAGCUCUCGCUGUAGACAAAGAACGACUCGACGAUUACAUAAAGACUGAGAUGGAGCAGCAGUACGGAGAACACUACGCCCAGAAAGUGGAAGACAGGCUGCUGCUCUACCUCCACGAGCUGGAAGCUGCGUUGCCAGGGGAAACCUACAUUGAUAAGAUCAUGAGGAAAGAAAGUCCUGUGACGGAGGAAGAAAAGUUACUUUUGGAGGUAAUAACGUCAAACUCUGCUACAAUUGCAGCAACGCUGAGGAAUCUGCUGCACUGUGAUGUUGCUACCUGUCAUCCAGCCAGGAUUUCUGCAUCACCGGAAAACAGAAACCGAACAGAAAGCUCAGAAGUCUCUGAGACACCUCUGUGUGGGAGUUCAUCUCUUCCUAAAUUUGGAGAAGGUAAACCUCCGUGUGAACGUCACCUGGAGGUCCUGAGAAGCAGCAAAGAGCCAGCAUGUGAGGCGUCUAGAAACAGUUUCCUCCUGCUGGAGAACAGAAGUGACUCCAGUGAUGGAGGACGACAGCAGCAGCAGCAGCAGCAGCAGCAGCGGGUUGGCGCUUUAAAGACGGUGGAGGAGGAGAGCAGAAACCAGACCAGCCCGCCUCAGUUCUGCUCUAAACACCAGCGAUGGGUGCAGAGCAUCCUGCGAGGAUGUCCAGAUGAAUGCUCAGAGGAGCUGCUGAACCAGAUCAAAGCCUCUUCAUCCCCUCUGCUGUUCCAGUCAUCCUCAUCCAGCUCUUCAUCACAGGAUCUCACACCAUCUGACCUUGUUCCUUGUCCUCAACCAGCAGCUCAGGCGGCAAAACCAGAAAAACGCGGAGAGGAUCUAAGGUCAGGAACAGAUGAAUCUCUGCCGCAGCCUUUCUCAUCAGGAGGCGCCGCCCCGCCUACUCUACUGUUUCCAGUCAUCCGAUUGGUGGACAUCGCCCCCAUGGGGUCGAGCUGCUCUACUCCUAAAUCUCAAACAUGGUCAGAGCAUUGUGUUGUGCCCAGCAGCAAAGGGUCGUCCAGUCCUCGGGCUCUCACUUCUCCACGCUCCACAGAACCUUUUCCGCACAUGCACACUGCGCCGGUACCCCGGCCCGUUUCUGCUCCUGCCAGCCUUCAACCUGGAGCAAAAAAGACUUUUUCAAAACUGUCCAGGAAGUUCAGGCACGCAGCUAACACCGCCAGUCCAUCACAGACCAUAACAUUAAAGCCGUCUGAAGAUUCUGCAAAGAGGACUAUUUCAGUAAAUUACCCACCUUCCUCUACGAGCUUUGAUAUUCCCUCAUCCUCACAUGUAGAUGUUCCUUCAAGGUUUGCUUCCAAAUCAUCCCAUUUUCCAUCAGCUAGUCCGUCCAAGCAGGAGCUUUUUUCUUCCAAGUUGUGCCAGAACGUUUUCCAGCAGAAACGUGACCGGCGUCACCGUCCGACUCGACGGACCAAACGUUUUCCGCCAAGAUCCGUUCCAACCUCCUCACCCAUCUCCUCCGGCUCUGAAGCCACGCCUCACAGAAACCAACCGUCCAACCGGCUGCAGCCCGUUGUGGCUCUCACCAGACUGAGCACCGAGGAGUGUCGGCGACUGACCGCCGCGAAGCAAGGCAGCAGCGGCGAGGAGAAGACAGAUAUGCAAGAAAGCUCCGAUUCCUCGUUUGACGUGAACGCUCUUUACUCCACGGGUUCCUCCGACAGCGAAUGCGACGACUCGCUUCAUUCUGACCCCAGCUACAGGCCCCAUAAAAAAAAAGAAAGCUUUUUAAGACUAUGAGAGUGGGCGGAGUCUGAAUUAGUAGACUUUCUCUGACAAAUUUAAAAAACUUUAUUUUAAACGUUAACCAUCAUUUAUUCUCUCAAUCAUUCAAAGGACCAGAGCAGGUGGUGGAUAAGCAUCAGCCAGAAUUGGAUUUUGUGCAACACAAGUAUUUGAAUGAAUUUUCAUUGUGAAAAUGUAACACAAGCAGAAAAGCCACAAAAAACAAAGAUGACAUUUAUUUAUAUAAGAUUUCCAUCGAAUUCUCAAAAUAAUUUAUUCCAAUGAAUGUGAAAUUCCCAAGUUAGAGUCAAAAUCUCCCAAAAUUUCCAUCUACAGCACAAUUGUGUGUUUUUAAGUUCCAGUGUUUUUAGCUUUUAAUAAUAUUGUAUUAUAGUUUGCAGGUUUUUUUUUGUAAUACUUGAUAACUGUAAUAUGUUCUUUAGGUGAAGGAGUAGGGAUGCUGUAUCACAGCCUGUUUUACAGUUUUUUUUAAAGUAAGAAGUUUGCAGAAAUGGUGACUUCCAGCCAUAGAUUUAAUGGCUGUUUUUACAAGCAGGGCUUAUUAAACAAACAACAACCAUGAAGCAGCUUUAAAUCCAGCUUAGACUGCAGUUUAAUGAGGCAAAGAAGACAAAUAUAUGUCUUUGUUAACCCUUGGUCAAACUGAUUUGAGAUUUGACAUGAAUGUGUAGCUUUAUGAAUUAGAAUUUCAACAAACACACCAAAGGUUUUUCAUGAACAUUUCUCAUAAAACCGCCUCCUGUGCCUUGUAGGCAUGAAUUAAUGAAGUGAAUGGCUUUGCUUUUAUGGACGUGGUUUAGAAAUAUAGUGAUGUUUGCUAUUUUGUAGUUUAACUGCUGUGUGCUUCAGCAAACGGGAUAAAUUCCCUCUAAACUGAGAGAUCUGAAAGGACAGAUUAAAUGAUUUGCUCAUAUUUUUGGGAUUUUUUUGCUUGUUUCAUUUUAAGUUAAACAUUUGAAAUGUUUCUUAACAUUCCAGAGCUGAUAUUCCAGGUGUUUGUAAGAGUAAAAACUAUGAAAAAUAAAAAAAUAUUACUGA